CGCGUUUUAGUCAGUUUAUACUCGGUACCUCUCGCAUGUCGGAUUCCCGGAAUUUGUUAAUUUCAACAAAAAAAAAAAUAAAAAAAAUAUAUAAAAAAAACGUGAAAUUAAUUUUUAAUAAAAUGUAUGAGAAAAAAAAUUAAUUACCCAAAUAUUUUGCAUUUAUUUAUUAAUAUAGCCGAAAAAAAUAGAAUGAGAUAGAUUUUCAGAGAUAAAAAGAAGAAUAAAAUGAAAUGAAAGAAUCACCAUGAAUGGACAAUUAUUAUAAUUUUACAUUCGCUCUGUGUUAAAAAAAAAAAUAGAAUAGAAUAAAAUAAAAUAAAGUGGAAAUAAAAAAAAAUGACGCUCACGGAAACUGAGAUGAGAGACGUUAUUCGAUUUUUCAUCAUUUACUCCAGUGUGCCAAUAAGUGAACGAAAAAGAAACUCGAUACGGGAUUAAAAUUUAUGUUUUUUUUUUUUUUGCAAAACUUAGAAAAAAAUUAAUAAAAUAAAAAAGUUAAUUAAAAAAAAAAAAAUUAAAAAUAAACAAAAUGGAAUUUUACAACUUUACGAAUGAAACAAUGCCACCGGAUGAUGAUGCUGAUCUGGGAAUUCCAUGGGCUGAAUAUGGACCAGUUUUAUUCAUCUAUACACUAACUUUUAUGCUUGGAUUUAUUGGAAAUGUCGUCAUUAUUGCGUCAACACUUUGCCCAAGAUUACGACCAUUACCAGCGACACCCACUAAUGUCUUUCUUGGUGGUCUCGCCACAGCUGAUCUUUUACUCAUCAUCUUUUGCAUUCCAGUCAAGAUAGCAAAGCUGUUCUCUUUCACUUGGGAAAUGGGUCUUUUCUUAUGCAAAGCAGUGCAUUACAUGCAAAGUGUUUCUGCAAUAUGCUCAGUAUUGACCCUCACAGCCAUGUCCGUUGAGAGAUAUUAUGCCAUAGUUCAUCCAAUGAGGGCUCAGUACAUAUGCACCAUAAGUCAAGCAAGAAAAAUUGUCAUUUUUGUCUGGUGUGCAUCAUUCAUUUUGGCAAUACCAAUGAUUUUUGUUCAGAUCCAUAAAGAAGUAGGAAUAUAUGUAAAAGCAUAUCACUGUAAAAGGGACUUCAAUUCAGUUACUUUAUGGCGAACACAUGAACUUUACAUGCUUUUACUGGUAUUAGUGAUACCUCUUAUAAUAAUGGCAUUUUGCUACACUGCAAUCUGUUGGGAAAUAUGGCGUGUAAUGAAAAAACGAUAUCACAUGACAUCAAGACACGCGUUAAGUCCAAACAAUAUAGAGACAGAGUGCAUUCCAAUGUCUAAUAGACAAAGCACAAUUCGCAAUGGACGUCGAAAUCGUCGGGAAAAUGGUCAAACACAAGAGGAAUCACGCACGAUGAAACAGGUUGUAAAAAUGCUUGUGGCUGUUGUCGUAUUAUUUGCCAUCUGUUGGAGUCCAAUGCUCAUUGACAAUGUUCUUACUGCUUAUGGAAUUUUUCCAAAACAAAAACAUAGUCAUUAUAAACAUAUGAAUACUGCCUUUCAACUAAUGGCAUAUUUAAACAGCUGUAUAAAUCCAAUAAUUUAUGGAUUCAUGUCAAAACAUUUUAGGGAAAGUUUUUUAUCAGCAGCACGUGGUGGAUUAUGGCGUAUGUGUUCAAGACGAGGAUACCCAAACACCGUUAAAAGACAUGCCAGUCUUAGUCAAACCAGAACAACUAGUGUGCGUGUUCCUUCGACGACGAUUAUUAGUACUUAAUUAUGAUUAGGACAUUUAUAAUAAAAAAAAAAUAUGGACCUGAACUUAUGGUUUAGUCAAUAAUAUAUUGCCGGGUCCAUUGAUAGAAAAUAUUUAGGAGAGAGGAAUAACGACUCCAAUGCUCCUUCAAUUAACAACAAUAAUUUCUCGAUAUGUGAAGAAAAACAAAGGAUAUCAGAGAGAAAACCACAUAAUGGAAAGUUUUCUUUUUUUUUUUUUUUUUUUCAAAAAAAAAAAAAAAAAUUGAAAUCCUAUAUGUAUAUGUACGUAAUUUUCCAUCCUGAAUCAAUAUUUCAAAACAAGGUCAGUAUUUUUGAUUUCAGGAAAUGGAAAAUUAAAAAAAAAAAUAAAAAAAAAAUGGGGAAACUUGAUCGCUAUACAUAUAUAACAAUAAUUAUAUUUUUUUUUUUUUAGAAAAAUUAAGAAUUAAAUGUCAUUUUUUGUUUAUUUUUAAAUUUACCUUUAACAGGUUAAAAAAUAAAAAUUUUAUUGAAAAAAUGAUUACUUUCUGAGAGCGCAGUUCUUGUAAAAAUAAAUUUGGGACAGUCGGUAAUAAAGUUGUCUACUUUAUCCACAGUCGGUAAUGAAGUUAUCUGAAUUACCAACAGCCGGUAAGGUAGAAUAUACAUUACCAACAGUCGGUAGGGUAGAAUAUACAUUACCAAUACAAAAACUUAAUUAUCUACAAUUAGUUUUCUACAUUACCUACAGUUGGUAAAUGUAAUAUCUACAUUACCAAUAAUCGGUAAAUAAAUAUACAAUUAUAAAUAAUUAUUAUAAAUAGUAAAUGGUCGAAAAUAAAGUUACAUGUACCGACAAACAAAAAAGAAUACAGUAAAUAAAUUACCGACAUAGAUGCCUAUAUUACCGACAGUUGAUAAAUACAGUACCCACAUUACCAACAAUCGGUAAAUCAAAAAACCUACAUUAUCGACUUAUGCAAAUUUUUUGUAAUAUUUAAUAAUAAUUAUAAAGGAAAUUUAUUCAAUUCCCUCUAAGCGCUGUCCCAAAAAUAUAGAGAUUAAACCUUUUUUUUUUAUUCUUUUUUAACAUAUUUCAAAUAUAGCAAAAAAAAAAUAAAUAAUUUUUUCACACUGGUGCUCUUUCAAAUUUUGUUUUUAUAAUUUUUUACACUUAUAAAAUUAAUAAUUAAGAUCGAUCAAAAAAUGUUUUCAUGUUAAAAUUGUUUAUUUUAUUAAAAAAAAAAAAUUUUUUGAAAAAACAUUUUAAUAUAUUUAAAAAAAAAAAAUUAGAAUGAAUGUCGUAAAAUUAAUUUAAGUAUAUUUCGCCUGUCGUUCAAUUUUAUCGAAAAUUCUAUAAUAAAAUAAGUAGAAAAGAACAUUUUGUCAAAUACGUAAGAGAAAAAAUUUAAAAAUUAAUUAAUUAGCUGAUAAUUAAUGUUUUAUUAUAAAAAAAAUUUUAACAUUUAGAUAAGGAAAAAAAAUAUAUCUAAAAUAGUAUUUAUUAAAAAAAAAAAAAAAGAUUUUACAUUUUGUAAUAUUUAUUAAAAUAUUAGUUAUUUAUUUAUUAAUCAAUGUAUUAUAAUAAAAAAAAUUUAUUGUACAAUUGUUUUAUUAUUAAUUUAUUAUUAUUAUUAUUCUUAUUAUUAUUAUUAAUAACAAAAAAUCAAUAAAGAUUAAAAAAAUGUAAAAUCUAUUUUUUUAACUAGCGAAAAAAAAAUUUCUUUUUCUCCUUUCGCUGAUGAAAUAUAAAGAAUGGUAUGUGAAAAAAAAUAUAAAUUUCAAGCCUGCCAAAAAAAUCUGUGUUUUGCGUGUGUGUGUAUGUGGAAAGAGAGCGGGUAAUUUAUUCAAAACCAACUGAAACAAAAUUGUUAAAUUUAUAGAGAUAAAGUGCGUGAGAUUUUUUUUUCA